UCCUCUCUAAAACCCCAUUUCUCCAUUUACUCUGAUCCUUUCCAAAACCCCAUUUCUCCAUUUAAUCUGUAUCUGAAACCCUUAAAAGAAAUUGUUCACUCUGAAUCUAAAAACCCUAACUUUUAUUGUUCACUGUAGGAAAAACCACCAAAACGAAGAAUGAUUCAGAAAAAGCUGGAGUUUGUUCAAGUACGAAGAUCAAGUCGUAACGCCGACAAACCCACGCCGGUUUAUAAAGAAGUUUUCGUUUUUGAGUAUGAAAGGGCUAUUAGAAAAAGUUCAAGACCUAGAGGAUUGAGAGAUUCAAUGGAGAAUUUCCCAGUAGCAAGUGAGAAAGAAAGAGCAAUUGCAACUGAGAAAGCUUGUGAACUUGAGUUAUCUCUGGGAAAUGAGUUUCAAUCUUUUGUUAAACCUAUGCUUCAUUCUCAUGUUAACCGCGGAUUUUGGUUGGGUCUGCCUAAUGGUUUUUGCAAGAAGUACCUACCCAGAAAGGAUGCAUCAAUUACGCUGGUUGAUGAAAAUGGAGAAGAGUGUGUUACAAAUUACCUUGCGGAGAAGGUUGGCUUAAGUGGUGGCUGGAGAGGAUUUGCCUUGGAUCACCAACUUGUUGAUGGGGAUGCCUGUGUAUUCGAAUUAAUCAAGCCUACCCAAUUUAAGGUUUACAUAGUCCGGGCAGCUAAUGUUUCAUAUCCCGAGGAAUCAGCUGGUGUUUCAAAUGAUGAGGAAUCCUCCUCAUAGAUUAGAUCUUCUCGAAUCAGAGCAACGGCAGACGGAGUAAAAAAUGGAAGGUUUCGCGCAACAACAGAUGGAGUUGGGGGAAGUUUUUUGGUUUUUGUUGUUGCUAGUGCCAUGCACAGCAUUUUGUCAAUAAUAUAUCUUACUCUUACAAUUUCAAUGGGGUCUUUUUGUUAUUCGAAAGUUCAAACCAAACUGUAGGUUCUUGCUACAAUGUCUUGUCUCGAAUAUGAAAAAUCUGAGAACAACUCUUUGCUU